CAUGAAAAAAAUAUUUUCUUUCAUUUCAGAGACCUAUUGAAGGAGCAGAAACAAAGUGAUCCACGUACGUUGAAGGCAAUUGUGCAUGCGCAGUACAAUUCUCCAAUGGAUUUAUACUCAACAGAAAAUGUGGCCGACACGUUGGCUCGUCACGCUGAAGCUAUAACGGACAGUCACUCUGGGCCAGAGCACAAGAAAAGCUACCCAAGCCAAGUGUCACCCCCCGUAAUUCAGAGAUCCGCCGUCCUUAAGGCUUUGCAGGAGGACGAAAUAAAAGGAAGAUACUAUACGGAUGGUCCACCCACUCCGCCAAUGCAUAAAAAACAACCACCAAGUCCUCCUCCUAAGCCUAAACCACCACUUCGUGAUCAGGUGCUACACUCCGCCACAGGAGCACACAUUUCUACACCUCUUCACCAUAACGUCGUAUAUUCGGCCUACAUGCCCGAGGGGAGUUCUAGCCAAUUCACUCAACAGGACAACAAAACAGCACCUUACCAGCAACGACAGCAAUUUUACAAACCAACUCAGCCUUAUACUCCUUCCACGCAUAAUGAUACUGUUUUUCCAGGAAAGAAAGCAGACGACUAUUAUCAACAACGAGCUGCCCAGCCAGUUCGAGUUCCACUAUCCUACCAACAAAAAUAUACCACUCCUCGUGCCUUUCAACCAACGUAUCAACAACCAGCAACAGCAGGUGAUCAGCCAUCAUAUAAGCACACAACAAGUGCCACAGUAAAGUUUCAACAACCUUCCACUCCUGCUCAAAUUACUCAUGUUAGUCAACCAAGCUACCAACAACCGACUUCUCCCAAACUUACUGCUCCUGUUGCUCAACCAACGUAUCAACAGCCAGCAAGAGCAAGUGAUCAACCAUCAUAUCAACACAAAACUACUACAAGUAUCAAUCUAAAAUUUCAACAGCCUUCCACUCCUCCUCCUCAAAUUACUCGUGUUAAUCAACCAACCCAUGGGCAACCGACUUCUCCCAAAGUUACCACUCCUGUUGCUCAACCAAAGUAUCAACAAAAAACACUUGGAAUUGCUCAACACAGUUACCAAAGACAAACUCCGAUUGCAACAUCCACUCAAACGAAAGAAACAUCUAAAAUGGCUUCUCCUUUAUCAGAAAUUGAACGUAAUCAACGACACUUUCAAGGAAAGAUUCCACAAACCCCACCACCUGCACCGACUUCUCAACAAAUUCGACAGGAAAUCAAACUGACACCCAGUCCAACUUUGUUGUCUCACAAAUCUAAGACUUCAGAAGGAAUUUGGCCUCCAAAGAACUCCACUGCCCGAGAACUUCCAAGAACAGGAUUUCUUCCUGGCUGGGUUCAAGAAAGUAGCGAAGGAAAGAAAUUGACCUGGCCACCUCUGAAAUCUGGAGAGUCGGGUGAUGAAAUUGGAGGUCGUAUCAUCCCGGUUUCUCCUCCGCGUGGAGGUGCUGUCCCUAACUCUUGGCAUACUCAACCUUUGACCCCCCCUUGUCGCACCCCUCCAUUUACUGGGGGACCUCCCGCAAUGGGCCGUCGUAAAAAUGAUAUAAUAUGGCCACCUCCUCAGCCACAAGAGAUAACUACUAAGACAUCCUCAAAUAGGCCUUUGAAGAAAGAUCAAUGUUUUGAGGAUUAUAUAUUUCAUCACGCUAGCGUCACCAUCCCUCCGACCUAUCGACCACCCCCUGGCACUCAUCACAUACAACCUACCAACGCGUAGGAUAGAGUGACAUGGCUAUUAUAUGCUUGACAUUUGUUAUAGUGUUAUUGGAAUGACCGAAAAUCAACACUGUAUUAGAGCUAUUGCAAUAUUGUUUCUUUAUUAUAUAUAUUCUAUUAAAUGUUACUUGCUAUAUAUGUUACUAUUUAUAUAAAAUUAUAUAAUAUUCAUGUAAAGAAAGUUUAUUAUUAACAUAUGGAACAACUAGUCGCACGUUCUGAAGGGAACUUUCAAAUGUUUUAGCUUAUUGCUUUUUUUUUAAGAUUGGCGCGCUUCUAACAAAUGCUUGGUUAAAUAUACAAUAGUAAAAGAAUUAGAUUUUAUGGUUAUUUUUUAGGCAAUUUUAACCAUACUUUUAGCUGUUGAUAUUUCAAUUUAAACAUAAAUAAGAUUCAAGUUUCAUCACCGAGUAAAUUUUAUCUGUUGAAUAUUAUUGCAAUAAAGUUUAUAAUAUUGAA